AUGCUGGUAAUAUCAAAUGCGAAUUCAAUCAAAUUCGUAAAUAAUCAUGAAUUAAAGAAUUCCGUCCCAAUUCCAAAGCAUCAAGCACCCGUUUCUCACUAUUUUAUGAAUCGACUGAAACGUCAGGUAAUACGAAGCGUGGGUGGUAAUGAAAUGGAAAUGUACAAAACCGGACAACAAAUGCAAUCGAUGCCAGUAUCAUCUUAUCAAUUUCCAACGGUAAAAGAUAAUCACAAUUUCGAUGUGCUUUUCCAGAAUGUGCAAGCUCAUAACGUGCAAUCAUUUUAUAAUUCACCCACCUCUCACCUCAAAGAAUUUGUUCGACGCUGUCCCACUGGUUUUUAUCGAUGUAACGAUGGUUCAAAAUGUGUUUCGCAGUUAAAAUGGUGCGACAAUAAUAUCGAUUGUCUUGACGCGAGCGACGAAACCGCGUGCACUUGCAAAGACCGCAUUAGCCAAGUGAAACGUUGUGAUUAUUAUAAUGACUGCCCGCACAGCGAUGACGAACUUGGAUGUUUCGGAUGUCCUAAAAAUUCGUUAAGCUGCCAUGACUCAUCUGGUAAUUGCAUUUCUCCCGAAGAACGUUGCAAUGGAAGCCCAAUAUGCAAAAAUAAGAAAGAUGAGACGAAUUGCUGCAUUUUAACGAAAUCGUACACUUACGCAAACGAGAUAAAUGCAGUUGGUUCUUCUGUGGGUUUCCUUCAAAAAAAUUUUCAAAGUAGAUGGUAUCCCGUCUGUGGAUAUGCUUAUGCUUGGGCCAAAGAUUCAUGUAUGAGUGAGCUUGGAUUUUUAAGUGGGGAUAUCGAAUUUGAACUAGUGAAGAUACCACGACAAAGCGAGAUGGGACCUUAUUUAACAACUGACGGAUACUCCAAUAAACUGGUGUCCGAGUGUCCCGAUGGGAUAGCAUACGUGCGCUGUCCAUUUACCAACGAUUCGCGUUUUGACCAACCGUUAAGCAGCGACAACCUAUACCCAAUUGACAACGAGCGAGCUAAUGCAACAAGCGACAACACAAACUACGAUCCGAUUCUCGGAAUUGUGGGCGGCCACAACAGUUUACCACUCUCCUGGCCUUUUAUUAUUGCAAUCAACAAGAAUGGUCACUUUCAUUGUGGUGGCGUUAUAUUGAACGAAUUUUGGAUACUGAGUGCGGCCCAUUGCUUCAAUAAUUACAAGCAGCAAUACUACGAUAUCGACGCAGGAGUACUGAGGCGAUUUUCAUACUCACCGACUCGCCAGACGCGCUACCUAAUCGGCCUGGUAAUCCACGAGCAUUACAAUACCUUAACCCUGCAAAAUGACAUAGCACUCUGUCUCCUGAACGAACCUCUGUAUUUCAAUAUCUGGGUGAGACCUGUACGCUUACCAGACGUGUACAGCAACUUUUUCCUAACGAGUCAGCAGCGGCCGUAUCCUGGACAGAGAUGCGUAGCCGUGGGAUGGGGCGCGACUCGAGAAGGGGGUUCCGAUCUCGACCAUUUACAAGAAGUUGAGGUGGCAAUAAUAAACUGCACGCAAGCAAUUGAUAAGAAUCGAGCUGAAAUCUGCGCAGGUAAUAGAGAAGGAGGACGGGACGCUUGCCAAGGCGACAGUGGGGGCCCCUUGAUGUGCAGGUCAUCCGAUUGGGGCUACGACUGGUACGUUGGUGGAAUAGUGAGCCACGGCAUUGGAUGUGGUAGGCGCAAUCAACCAGGAGCGUACACUAGAGUUUCUCACUUUCGUGAUUGGAUUAAUAGUAUUUUGUAUAAUCGCAACGCUCCAGAAUUCCUACGGCAGAUACGCUCGACAUGUCCGGGCUUUAAUUGCAAUAAGCUGCACCCGAAGUGUUUGCCGGCCAAGCAACGCUGCGAUGGUGUUGUGAAUUGUCUCGGGGCCGAAGACGAGACUAAUUGUCCAAACUUCAACGUUCGCAAGCUGCUGGAUCGCCGCGAAAGGAUGUCGUCGAGCCACUUUUAGAUGACGACCUUGAAGUCUUAAACGAUGCCAUUGCUCCUGACAGGACUUUAACAUACGAGUGCUUG